AUGACAGAAACAACCCCCAAAACAAACGACUACUACGCCCCAGCCUCCUUAUCCGUGGAAACCCCACCAACCUACCCUCCCACAUUAGACUCCCCACCAACCUACACAACCGUCGCCCACGCCCUCUCCACCCUCUCCACAGGCGACCCAGACGAAACAAUCCCCGUCCCCAUGAUAACCCGCACCCUCGCCUUCUCCCUCCACAACUACAACCCCUUCUCACGCAAACAAGGCAAAAUAUCCCAAUCCAUCAUAAUCCGGCAAAUGAAGCGCUCCUACUACAACGCGCACUACGCCAAAGACGCAGAGGGGAACUUUGUGGGGACGGGAAACCCGGCGCCGGAUCUGGGGUUGGUUUUCGUGCCGGGGAAGGGGAGUAGCGAAUGA